AUGGGUGUCACUGGGCUUGCACGAUAUGUCAACGCUCCUACUACUGGUGUUGACCUCAUAUCCAUGAACAUAACACGGAAUCACCAAGGUGUUGUCCGUGGUAAAUGGAAUAUCAGCGUUAAGUCCUUCCGCUCUGCCCUCGGAUCAAUACCAGGCUUUCAAGUUCACUCAGAGCGUACCAUGUGCGCAUUAACCAUGAACGAUAAUGUCUUUGUAUUGCUUGAAGACCCCGCCGCGCCCCAACGAUCCGACCUCUUGCAGCCCCCAGAAGGCCAGGCACCCAUCCCUCUCACAGGCCCCGGAGCCCCUACACAUUAUCGGACCACAUUCCUGACACUCAGUCCCCCUGGUGCGCUUGAGCAGCUUCUAUCGCAACUACGCGCACGUUGGGCAUCCGUCCGGCAGUCUGGCCCUGCUGGACCCUCGCAGGCCAGCCACCUAAGCGGACAGCAACUCUCUGUUGAAGGCCUCGUAUAUAGUAUAGGGACCGACUUCAUUGUACGAGCCGGAAAUGUCAUCUUGGCAGGAGGUGCCGUGAAAGGUAUGCUAAUUGAGGCUGAAUAUCUGCCCCUCCCCACCAUGCACGCCGGUGCAGAUGGCACGCUUGAGCUCCUAAACAACCUUCUAGUGUCUUGCCUGCCCGAAAUACCAGGCGCAAACCUUACGGCAGUGACGAUCAGCGAUGCCAUCUGGCAAGAACUGCUGUGGGACCGCGAACGGGAAGAAGAGCAGCAACAGCAGGCAGCAGACGGCAAGCCACCUGAACAGGAAGAGUCAGACGACAUAUUUGUCUCUGGGGACGAGGGUCUGCCCGCGUUCCGCAAGGGAGACUGGAUAGGCACUGACCGCGACCAGCGGUCCGCGUACCUCAUUAUGGGUGCGCUCAAGUCCGAAGGACUUCUGUAGUACUACACUGAACAUACUGUACGUAAAUUUUCAGAAUGGAGGCAGCCACGCUGCUUGUGUUCACUGAAUGAAUAUUCGAUGAAUCUGGGG